AUUUAUUUAAUAUUAUAGUUUUUAUGUUUUUAAAAUAUUAACUUUUUAAUUUUUAGUAUUUUGUUAUUUUUAAACAUAUUUUUGAAUUUUUGUAUUUUUUCUACAUUUUUUAUAAAUUAAAUAUUUUUUUAUUUUUAUUUUUUAUAUUUGUAUUAGAAAUUACAAUAUGACAUUCCUUUUAAGUUAUGGUAAGAGUAGAAUAGUAAGAUAUAAUGUAUUUUAGUUCUAUUUUGGGAAGGUGAACAUCAUAGACCUAUUUAUUCAUUUAGGGGUUAGUUUACUCCUAUUUAGGACUAUAUUCUUAUAUGUAUCUAGUCUAAUUUGAACUCCUGACUAUGUCAUUGACUCACCGCACACAAUCGAUCGAUUAAGACUAGGGCACUAGGCAUGGACUAGGAUUGGCCCGCUAAGCACCGAUUCUAGGCCGAUUUCAGAUACCCGAUUGAUCCGGUCCCGAUUCCAGACCUUGUUCCGAUAUUUUUUUGCCCGGUUUCAAGACUACAACUAAAAAGAAAAGAGAAACAAUUCUUUUUGCCCGGUCAGGACCGGAACUGGGACCAAGACUGCUCGAUUCGAUCCCCUAGUCGUUGAACCAGAUCUGGAUACCGUACAUGGACAGACAUGAUCGGUCCUAGGCCCGAACAGGCUCAGUCCGGACUCAAAUAAUACCGGACUCGGUUUCGGAGCGGUCCAUAUAGGAUGAAACUGGCGUAGUAAUAAAUGGAGUAAAACGGAAUGCUUGUGAAAUUGCGUAGUAUGGAGUAUACAUUUACAGAAAAACGGGAAAAGGUGUUCAAAUUAUUUCAAAAGAAGAGACGAGAAGAAGAAAAAGCGGGCAACACUCGUUUUAAGACGGCACAGAAAGUACAGCAUUUGAUAUUCGGGCACGGGAGUCUUCCCUUUCCCUUUCUCUCUCCCCAUUCAAUUCAAUGCUUUACCGAACGCAACACCCAUACUCUCUGUUUCCCCCCCCUUUUACCUUCUCCUCCCUGCCGCCGCCAUCCCCUUCCUCCUCUCUCAAGGUACACCCACCUUAUCCCUUCUCUACACUCUCUUUAUAAUUUAACGCUUUAAUUUCACUUUGUUGGCAAUGUUGGGCAGUCCAUGGAGUGCGCGUUCAAGAGCUGUAUCCGGACGGAGUCUGCCUCCAAGACCUCACACUACCUGGAUACCGAAUGCUCAGGCGGCGUUUCAGGUGACGAUUUCUUCGUCGACGACCUCCUUGACUUGUCUAAUGGAUUUUCUGAGGAAUACGAAGAGAGGGUCAAAAUGGAGCCUGAAAUUCAGCAACAAAAACCGGCUCCGCUUGUUAAGCCCCAAAUUGAAGAACAGGUCUCUGUGAAAGAAGAAGAAGUAGAGGAGGAGGAAGAAGAAGCUAUAGCUGCUGUUACGACCCUUUCUCCCAUCGAAGAUUUUCCUUGUCUUCCCGGCGGCGAGCAACAAACUCCGGCGGAUAAUUUGGAUAAUCUGGAAUGGUUGUCUCAUUUUGCGGAAGACUCGUUCCCCGGCUACUCGCUGACUCACCCAGCCGGGAAGCUGCCGCCGGUGCCUCGCUUGAAGACUGAGGUUCGGGUUCGAGAGAAGCCUAGCCUUAAGAUUCCGGUUCAGACCAAGGCCAGAAGCAAACGUGCCCGCACCGGCGUCCGCGUCUGGCUGAGCGGCUCGCAGUCGCUAACCGAGUCUUCCAUCUCCUCGUCCUCCACCACCGUGUCGUCUUCGCCGCCGCCACGCUCUUAUUAUGCGUACCCGAACCCGGGCCAGACCGGCGAGUGGCUUGUAGGGAUGCCGCCUGCGAAGAAACAGAGGAAGAGGACGGCGCAGCCCGGCGGCGUCGGAGGGGCGCAUCACCUGCAGCUGCAGCAGCAGCCUAGGCGGUGCAACCAUUGCGGCGUGCAGAAGACCCCGCAGUGGCGGGCGGGGCCGCUGGGAGCGAAGACUCUGUGCAACGCGUGUGGUGUGAGGUACAAGUCCGGGCGUCUGCUGCCGGAGUACCGGCCGGCGUGCAGUCCCACCUUCUCGAGCCAGCUGCACUCGAACAAUCACCGGAAAGUGCUGGAGAUGCGGCGGAAGAAGGAAUCGGAAACCGCGGCCGUCCAGAGUUUUUGAAAUUCCGAUAUGAAUUAAAAAUCAACCAAAGCUUUAGGCGAGUGAGUAGUAAUUAGGUGCAGGAAGAGUUAGGGGAGAAAGAAAAGGAAAAAAAACUUUGCUGUUUUAUUAUUAUUAUUAGUUGGGGUGGAUUUAGUUUAGUGUACAUUUUUCUUUAGGGAUGGGCCCCUGGUUGGUGCGGUAGGUCUCAUUUGAGGGAUGACUUUAAUGUAAUUUUCCAUUUCUUUAUUGCAACUCUUUUUGUUUUAUUUAUUCAGCACAUUCUAUAUAAGCAGGUCUGUAAUCAUAGUUGCCGAAUUGGGUUGUUAAGGAUUAUAGUUAGUUUGAGGAAGGAAAGAAGGAGUACUAAUCCAUCCACUUCAGCUACACCAAAUUUCAAAUUCUUGUUUAUACUAGUUCUGUUCACUUUUAAUUGUAUUUUGCACUGUUCACAUAUUCUA